GCUUAUUUUCCUGGCAUCGCUCUGCCACAUCCCUCAGAUCAAGGCAGGACCAUCUAGAGUCCUACGAUCUAGUUCCCAAUCUAGUUCUCGAGACAAGAUAAAAGGGCUGUACUGGCAGGGUUUGGAAAUACCUGAAGCAUUUACAGAGUGUUUCACAUCUGCAAAUGUGAUUUACAAACACACGAAACCUUAAGAGGAUGUGGUUUGAUCCCGACUUAGCAUCUUGCAUGAGCCAGCUGCAAUUUAUUCAAAAAUUUAACAAACUAUGGUUUUUGAAAUGUUGUGGAAGCUCCCCAACGAGCUGCCUAACAAUGAAUGGCUGAUGCGCUAUGGCUACCUUCCCCCACCGGAUCCCAGAGCAGCAACUCUUCAAAGCCAAAAGGAGUUAUCUGCUGCUGUUAAAACAAUGCAAAGGUUUGCAGGUCUGCCUGUAACUGGGAAACUGGAUCAUGAGACUUUGAAAAUGAUGGACAGGCCUCGCUGCUCUCUCCCUGAUUUCAUUGGCACCUCGGAGUUGAUGCGACGUAGGAAGAAACGCUAUGCUCUCAGUGAAACUGCCUGGAAAAAGACCGACUUGACAUGGCACAUCCAUUCCUUCCCUCAUUCCUCGCAACUGUCCCACAAUCAUGUCCGGAAUCUCAUUUUCUACGCUUUUCGAGCUUGGAGCAAUUCUUCAACCUUGACCUUCAAAGAAGUGUCUUCUCAGCAAGCGGACAUUGUGGUGGAUUUUACGGCCUCUUAUCAUGACGACCCAUACCCCUUUGAUGGGCCUGGAGGCACCCUGGCCCAUGCCUUCUUCCCUGGAGAACAUCCCAUUUCAGGCAAUACCCAUUUUGAUAAUGAAGAGACCUGGAUUUAUGACCCACAGAACGAAUCACCAGAUCGUGGCACAGAUCUAUUUGCUGUAGCAGUGCAUGAGUUUGGCCAUGCCUUGGGACUGACUCACUCUUCUGUUAAAGAGUCCAUCAUGAUGCCAUAUUACCAAGGUCCUGUCGGUUUGCCCCACCUCUAUCAACUUUCCACAGAUGACGCCAUGGGAAUUCAACAAAUCUAUGGUAGGCGGCAUCAUAGUUCAUAUCCAGAUCAAGACAUUCCAGUGCCACCGGUUCCCACAGCACCCCCGAUCCCAGACCUACCACCAGACAAGCCGAAAGAAAAGCCUUCCUUGCCAGCAUCUGAACGUUGCAAAACUGGGUUUGAUGCUAUUGCUAACAUUCGUGGUGAAGUUUUCUUCUUUAAAGCGAGACAUUUUUGGAGGAUACAGCCAUCCCAGAAUCUGGUUUCUAUGGAGCCAGCCCAGACUCUUCGCUUCUGGAACGGACUCCCCCCAGAUUUUAAGACAAUUGAUGCUGCAUACGAACGUGCCAACGACAGCCAGAUUGUGUUCUUUAUUGGACCCUACUACUGGGUUUUUUCUGACACUCAAGUCAAUCAUGGUUAUCCCCGCCCCACAUCCAAUCUGGGACUCCCUCCUGGCACCGUAGUUGGGGCUGUGUUUGUUUGGCCUCACAAUGGUAAGACGUAUCUCUUAGAGAAGAACCGCUACUGGCGCUAUGAUGAUCAGCUGGGCCACGUGGAACCGGGAUAUCCCAAACCGGUCAGCCUCUGGAAAGGAGUCCCUUCUGAGCUGGAUGACAUCACCCAUUGGAAUGAUGGCCUUAUAUAUUUCUUCAAGGAUACUCACUACUGGCGCUUUAAAGGUGGCAGUGUAGAGGCCGAUUCAGCCCAUCCACGCUCCAUUCCCCGUGACCUGAUGUUUUGCUCAGAUCCUACCACGGUUCCCCCCAAAGGACCAAGAACUGGGCAGAGAGGGGAGGACGGUCUAUGCCUCUGUGGGACAAAUGGACAAAACAAAAACUCCUUCACAGCUUGGAUCUUAAUUCUGCUUUGGAUUAUAUGGUGAUUGCUAGGUUAGCUACACAACUAUGCACUUUACAUUAUAAAGAGAAGAGAAAACAAAACAGUGGGGGGGGGAUAUAUGGUAUUCCCUAGCAAAAGGUGCUGGAUACUUUUCCUUUUAUUCUUUUGGUGCUCUCAGUAUUCAAUACUGGCUUGGCAAUUUUGCUCUCAUGCUCAGUUUCUGAAAAAGAAGUGCUUAGUCUUAAAACUAACAUGGAAGUCCUGGAUCUUAAUCCUGAAUGUGUGAUUAUAUCAUUUCUCAGGGGCGAAGGAAAUGCUUUCUGCGCGUGCUCAGGGGUGCUGAUCUUUCUGAUUCUGUCACGUACCAAAAAGCUCAGAUUAACCAUAAAUUACGUGAUACCCUUUGUGCUUUCUCUGAGUGGAAAGCAGAUAAGGUUUAAGCUCAGAUUUGUCUUCAGGAUGUCACUAGAGGUAGGAGACAGGGAAAAAAACCCACCCUUUGGAAAAGUAAGUCUAACCUGUGAAUACAUCCACAUAUAAAUAAGGAGAAUGUGAGAAAACCAGGGUUGAGGAAUAUCUCAGGAAAGUAACUCAUCCGCAUGGCUGCUGUCAUUGUCAUAUUAUGUACUGGCAAUUAUGGUCUGUGUACAUUUGACUUUGUGGGAUGAACACCAUUUGGGAGUGUAUAGGAUUCAAAAAUUUUAGGUCCAGAGCUUAGCUUAUAAGAGAAGAGCCCAAGAACAUUGAAGGAAGUUAAUUUAAUAUGAUUUAAAAUCUGCUUGGAGAUGAGGGGAGGGAAGAGCAGAGUAGCCAGGAAGAAAUGCGUCAUAUUUUAAUAAUAAAACCCAGAAGAAAACCA